AUGGGCAUGUCCGGUGCUCCUGAUAGAACUCCUGGAAAGAUCGAGGUAUUUUUCAAGGCAAUGGGGCAAGUGAUUCCUGCUGAGACUGUUUGCGGAGACACUGUGCUAGAGGCUGCACACAAGAAUGGCAUAAGUCUUGAGGGCGCAUGCGAAGGAAACCUAGCGUGCUCAACAUGCCAUGUGAUUCUGGAGGAGCCUCUAUACAGAAGACUCGGAGAACCUUCUGACAAAGAGUAUGAUCUCCUGGACCAAGCUUUUGGAGGUACAAGCACAUCAAGGCUAGGAUGCCAACUAAAGAUAGACAAGAGCUUCGAAAAAGCCAUAUUUACGAUUCCUAGAGCUACGAAAAACAUGGCUGUGGAUGGAUUCAAGCCAAAGCCCCACUGA